AUGCGCAAAAAAGUAGCAGAAAGGCUGUCGCGCCUCCGCGAGGCCCGCCCAUACCUACGACCGAUUCCUCAUGAACAACGGAAGCAAAUAUAUCUAUAUGCCUCCUUUUGGGUGCCGCUGACCUUCAACAAACUGGACAUUAAAGACUACCUGAAACAGGCGUACGGCGUAGAUGUCCUGAAAGUACGCAGCUAUGUCGAACAACAGAGAAUCACACGUGAGAAGCCGUGCGGGAAGGAAGGGUAUGGCAAAUGGCGAAGACCCAUGGCUAGGAAGAAAAUGACGGUGGAAAUGACGGAGCCCUUCGUGUGGCCGGAGGAGCCGGAGGAUUAUAAGCCAUGGGAAAAAGAUCGAUAUUUUGAAGCCAAGAAGCUUCAAGAGGAUGCCUCCGAGAGCAUUGCGCCAGACGCGAAGAACAAACCCAUGCCACAGAAGAGGCGCGACACUAUAGCUGAACAGGCGAAGAGGCUGCUGGAGGGUAAAGAGGAGUGGCAGCCGACUUGGAAGGCUCUGGGGUUGAAUUAUGACAGACCUGUACUCGGCGCUGGUGUGAAUAGUGCGAAGAUGGCUCCCGCUGAGAUAUUAAAGGGAGAGAAUAAUACGGGUCCUGUGGCAGAGAGGAAGUGA